UUCCAUUUUCUCUAUAUUAAUAUCAUUAGGAAUCAAAUUGUCACACCAAACUCUAAGAGAUCAACAUUGAUAACAACUAUCUGUAACCAACUAUCGCUAUCAAUCGUUGGCCAUAUAGGUCUUUCUAGCACAUAAUACCUAGUAGAAUUACAAAUCAUAAUUGUAGAUCUAAAAUUAAAGACAUCAAUGAAAAAUAGAGAAACGUAAACAAACAUAACGCGAAAAUAAAACCAUAAGAAAUCAAAUGACUGAUAAAAUCAAACUCCUUUCUGCCAGUUUUCUUGAAACAUCGUCUUCCAAGCCCUGACGCCUUGAUCGCUCCUAAGCGGCGGUUCAGGAGGGGGCGAACUGUCGACCUGUCUUCUCCCUUGUUCAGCCCUUUACCGCUCCCGUCUGCUCGUCACUCUUGCCGCCUCUUAAUAUGUUUUCGCGUGUGACAACCUCCAGAUUGUGGCCUUGAUCCACCAACUCCUCUAUUGGACUAACACAGAAAGCUCGGUCACAUGUUGUCUCCUUGAAAUCCAUGAAGAACCAACUCCUUCCUGAUAAUCGUCGAGGCACAAGAAGAGAAGAAAACACCCACAUAAUCGGCGGCGGUCGGCGGGAAAACAAAACCAUACGUAGAGGGACACGGCUGCAACUCUCGAUAGAGAAAAUUGUUAAACUUUCAAAAUUGUAUGUGAAACAGGGGCGGAUCCACCAAGGCUGGAGGGGGGCAGCUGCCCUCAAUAAAGGCCUAGUAAAUCUAUAUAAUUCCUUGAUAAAUAUUAAAAGUCCAUAUAUUUGCCCCAGUAAAAGAAAUUGUUUGCCCCCAGUAAGGGAAGAACUGAAGAAGCAGACAAGCCUACGAAGAGGCGGAAGACUCCAAGGAGGUUAGCUGGUUAGCCGAACACCUUUUCACUUUAUUUUUUAAAAAUCUUUUACCACAUAAUCAUCAUUUUUAUGGUAGAAUGUUGCCCAAUUUAAUCGGUUAGUUGUUUAGUUGUUUACUGGUUUAGUCGGUUAGUCUUCCAUUGGUGUUCAUUUUGUUUAUUCCUUGUUUAAGGUUAUGCAUUUCUUAAUUUAUAUAAAUACUGACAUUUUUACGCGCGAGAGUCAAUGCCCAAAAAAACAAUUUAUUAUUAACAAUGCUCAAUCGUAAAUUAGAACAACAACGUUUCAUAUAAAGCUCUCAAGUUUAACAUAUUUUGAAGCAUGUGUCACUUAGUCUAAAUAUGUUGAUAUUCCAAUCAACUAUUAAUUUUUAUGAUAUAUGUAGUUGUUAGUCACCACAUAUAAUAAACAUGUUCCAUUGAUAUUGUGUCUUUGAACUAAAAUUAUUAAAAAAAAAUUGUAAAAGUAAUUAAGAUUUUGAUGAACCCAUAUCUACCAAAAGUUAAUAACAAAACACCUAAAUUGAUGUGCUAAAAUAACGACGGUGAGGCUUAAUGAUGAAUCACUGAGCUCACACACAGACCAAAGGCGGAGCGGUCGCCGGGGAAGACGUAAUCCCAGAUAUUUUAAUGAUCAAGUCUACAUAAAUUUACUGAGCGCAUGGAUGGACUCUCAGACGGGCUAGGAACCUCGGACUGUUAUUGUUAUUAUUGGUUUUACUGCUUAUUAGUUAUUUAUUAUUUAAAUCAGUUAUUACUAUUGUGCUUCCUUUUUAUUAGGAGUAGUCUACGUACAACACUAGCAUAGUGCCAAUAUUUUAGGAGCGGUUGUUUCCCAGUCUGUGUAUUUAUGCUUACAUCUAUGGAAGUAAAAAGGGGAGUUUUAGCCGAUUGCUUUCUUCUUCUUCUGCUGCUCACUCUUUCUCUUUUUCUUUGAGAAUUCUUUCUUCUGCUACUGAAGCAAUUCAGCCUAGGGAUUUACCAAUUGGUAUCAGAGCCAAUGGAUACCCGUGGGAAAACCAACGCCGAGUUCCGCACGGAUAUGCAGGAGGCUAUUGCACGCCAUGACACCCAAUUUGCUCAAAUUGCUGCAACUCUACAGGCUAUCAACCUUGAACUACAAGCCAGUCGGAUUGCUAGGGAACAUCUAGACCAUGAGGUGGACAAUCCAUUUGCUGCUGAGCAUAACCGGAACGAACUUCGUCCUCAUGAUCCCAAGGCGCGAUUCCCGAAGUUCAGUGAAGGGGAUCCAGCCGGGUGGAUAUAUCAAGCAGAACAGUACUUUGAUUACUAUGAGGUUACUCCGGAUCGGAAGGUGAGGCUUGUAUCCAUGCAUUUGGAGGGGUUGGCCCUUCAAUGGUACCGGUGGUUGCUGAAACGAAGGGGACCUAUCACGUGGGAUGAGUUUGUGAGGGCUAUCCGCCUCCGUUUUGGUCCAACGGAGUUUGCUGACCCUUCUGAAGCUCUGUCCCGUUUGAAACAGUCCACCACUGUCGCAGCUUAUCAAGAGGCUUUUGAACAGUUAUCCCACCAGAUUGAUGACCUACCUGAGUCCUUUCUUAUUGGAUCCUUUUUAGGGGGUCUGCGGGAUGAGAUCCGACUGGAUGUAAAGACACUAAAACCACGAACUCUUGACGCGGCUUUUGGUCUUGCACGGCUAGUUGAAGAAAAAUCACAAGUGGCCUGCCGAGGAUCCUUCUCUACACGGACCACACCACCAAAACAGCCCAUCACGGCGGGAAUUCUUGGGCCUCCACCAGUGGCUCGACCGGAACUAUCCAAACCAAACUCGACGAUCAAAAGAUUGCCAUGGGAAGAGAUGCAACGCAGACGAUCAUUGGGCCUUUGUUUCUCCUGUAAUGAGCAAUUUGCACCGGGCCACCGCUGCAAACAUCCACAACUUAUGCUACUUGAGAUAGGAGAAAGUAACAAGGAUCCUACUGAAGAUGCUUCUGACAGCCAGGAUGGUAACACCCCACUUGAGAUUUCACUCCAUGCAUUGACGGGUUGGACUGCAUACCGGACGCUCAGGCUUAAGGCAGAGGUUGGAGGACGAGAAAUUGUUGUACUGAUUGAUAGCGGCUCCACCCACAAUUUCAUUCGGGAUAAAUUAGCAGAAUCUAUGAGGUUGCCUUUCUCACCAAUGCCGACCCUCAAUGUGAAAAUCGCCAAUGGAGAGCCCCUUCGAUGUAAUAGGCGGGUGGAGCGUGUGCCACUUCGGAUCCAAGAGGCUCAAUUUGAGGUCACAUUUUAUACUUUACCGCUCGUGGGGAUAGAUGCAGUGUUGGGGAUGCAGUGGUUGGAACAACUGGGGGUGGUGUUAAAUGACUGGAAACACAAAACCAUGUCAUUUAUGCAUCAAGGACAACAACAUACGGUUCAGGGGAUCUCAUGUGAAAAUAAUCAACUAACAUCAAUGGUUAUGGAUGAAGUAUACGAAGAUGAUACCUGUUUCCUAUUGUCUGUUGCAGCCAGUUCAGACCAUAGGGAGAUUGAGGGGGAUUUGUGGGCUGUGAUAGAAGAAUAUGGAGAUAUUUUUGAUGAACCGAAGGGCUUGCCACCAUUUCGAGACAUUGAACAUCAAAUUAUCUUGAAGAAGGGGUCAGAACCAGUUAAUGUCCGGCCCUACCGUUAUGCCCAUUUCCAGAAGGACGAAAUAGAACGACAAGUUACAGAGAUGCUCGACAAAGGGAUCAUUCAACCGAGUACUAGUCCCUAUUCAUCACCAGUUUUGUUAGUCAAGAAAAAAGACGGCACAUGGCGUUUUUGUACUGAUUAUCGGGCUCUUAACGCUCUUACGGUGAAGGAUCGAUAUCCCAUUCCGACCAUAGAGGAUACACUGGAUGAAUUGCACGGGGCAGCUUACUUCACACGUUUGGACCUACGUUCGGGAUACCAUCAGGUACGUAUGCGACUUGAGGACAUUCCUAAAACGGCUUUCCGCACACAUAAUGGUCAUUAUGAGUAUCGGGUCAUGUCAUUUGGGCUUUGUAAUGCCCCGUCCACCUUCCAAGCUCUUAUGAACAGCAUUUUCCGGCCUUAUUUGAGGAAAUUCAUUUUGGUAUUUUUCGACGACAUACUUGUUUAUAGCCCAACCCGAGAAAUUCAUUUAGAACACAUCCAUACAACCUUUGCAAUUCUCAGAAAGCAGCAACUAUAUGUCAAAUUCUCCAAAUGUGCAUUUGGAUUGAAGGAGCUACUAUACUUGGGCCACCUUAUUUCAGUAGAUGGGGUGAAGGUUGACCCGGAAAAGAUUGCACCCAUGCUUAGUUGGCGCACACCUGCCACGGUCACCGAGUUGCGUGGUUUUUUGGGUUUGACUGGAUAUUACCGUAGGUUUGUUCGUGGAUAUGGUAUUAUUGCUAAACCAAUGACAGACCUGUUAAAAAAAGGGAAAUUCCAGUGGUCAUCGGCUGCUAACGAUGCAUUUCAACGACUCAAAACAGCGAUCAGCUCUACUCCAGUCCUCGUUAUGCCCGAUUUUAGUGCUCACUUUUAUGUGGAAACUGAUGCAUCGGGACAAGGGAUUGGGGCUGUCCUUUCUCAAAAGGGAAGGCCUGUCGCGUUCAUGAGUAGAGCUUUAGGACCAACUAAACUGUCUUGGUCUAUUUAUGCCAAGGAAAUGUUAGCAAUCAUCUGCGCUGUACGGCUUUGGAGACCUUAUCUCCUGGGGCGCAAGUUCUUUAUACUCACUGAUCAGAGAAGUCUCAAACACCUGCUUGAGCAACGCAUUGGGACUCCAGACCAACAAAAGUGGGUUGUCAAGCUCUUGGGGUAUGAUUACGAAAUUCAGUACCGCUCGGGUGCCUCAAAUCGGGUGGCUGAUGCGCUUUCUCGCUAUCCAACGGAUGUGAGUCCAACUCUUAGUGUGAUAUCUUCAACAACAGCUGAUAUUUGGAACCAAAUUGCUGAAGAGCAGGCUCGCCUCCCAUAUUUUCAGUCUUUGCGUAUCAAGAUGGAUGGAAACACUCCCACUCACUUUACUGUCCACCAGGGACUAGUCCGAUUCAAGAAUCGUAUUGCUUUAUCUCCGGAUUCCACCAUUAUACCCACGCUGCUGUUUGAGUAUCACAGUACGCCCGUAGGUGGACAUUCUGGAGUUCUCCGGACAUUUAAGAGACUUUCUCAGGUUUUCUAUUGGCCAAAUAUGUAUUGAUCUGUCGAACAGUUUAUUGCAUCUUGUGAUGUGUGUCAACGUACCAAAUCUUCGUCCUUAGCUCCUGCUGGUCUCCUUGAAUCCUUACCCAUACCAGAGCAAGUUUGGGACGAUAUUUCUAUGGACUUUAUUGACGGUCUUCCACAAUCACACGGGAAAACAACCAUUUUGGUGGUGGUAGAUAGGUUGAGCAAAUAUGCCCACUUUCUGCCCAUACGCCACCCCUACACUGCUCACUCCGUGGCUCUUACAUUUGUGGAGGGAGUGGUCAAGCUACAUGGCAUUCCCAAAUCUAUUGUUUCUGACCGAGAUCCGGUGUUCACGAGUCACUUUUGGAAGGCUCUAUUCAGUGCUUCGGGCACCACGUUGAAGAUGUCUACAGCGGAUCACCCUCAAACAGACGGUCAAACUGAGGUGGUCAAUCGUUGUGUGGAACAAUACCUUCGUUGUUUUGUGCAUAAUCAUCCGCAUCAGUGGGUAAAGUUUAUUCCAUGGGCAGAAUUCUGGUAUAAUACCACCUAUCAUAUUUCUACUGGCAUGACCCCUUUUCAGGCACUCUAUGGUCGGUUGCCGCCAAGCAUUCCUCAAUAUUCCCCCGGAAGGACACCUGUUGAUUAUGUUGAUCAGUGUCUUGUAGGGCGUGACAAGAUUCUGGAGCAACUGAAGACCACACUAGCUGCUUCCGUCCAACGCAUGAAGAAAUACGCUGAUCAAGGGCGUCGGGAAGUCACAUUUGCAGUGGGUGAUAUGGUUUACCUUCGUCUGCAGCCAUAUCGCCAACAUUCCCUUUACCGCCGUGCCUCCCAUAAGCUCAGUGCUCUAUUUUAUGGGCCUUUCCCUAUUAUCAAUCGCAUUGGACAGGUUGCAUAUCGAUUGGCUCUACCUCCUGGAGCUAAAAUCCACCCGGUGUUUCAUGUUUCACUUCUGCGAAAACAGAUUGGCAAUGGUCCGGUAUCUCCAACACUGCCAGAAGUUGAUGAGAGUGGCAACCCACCCAUUUUUCCUGAACGCAUUUUGGCUGCUCGCACCAUUGUUCGUGGCAGCGCUCCCAUCAAGCAAGUUUUGGUCCAGUGGCAUGGGCUCUCGGACGAAGAUGCUACCUGGGAAGAUGUGGGGCUCCUGCAUCAACAGUUUCCAAGUUUUGACCUUGAGGACAAGGUCCCACUUAGAGGGGGAGGUAAUGAUGAAUCACUGAGCUCACACACAGACCAAAGGCGGAGCGGUCGCCGGGGAAGACGUAAUCCCAGAUAUUUUAAUGAUCAAGUCUACAUAAAUUUACUGAGCGCAUGGAUGGACUCUCAGACGGGCUAGGAACCUCGGACUGUUAUUGUUAUUAUUGGUUUUACUGCUUAUUAGUUAUUUAUUAUUUAAAUCAGUUAUUACUAUUGUGCUUCCUUUUUAUUAGGAGUAGUCUACGUACAACACUAGCAUAGUGCCAAUAUUUUAGGAGCGGUUGUUUCCCAGUCUGUGUAUUUAUGCUUACAUCUAUGGAAGUAAAAAGGGGAGUUUUAGCCGAUUGCUUUCUUCUUCUUCUGCUGCUCACUCUUUCUCUUUUUCUUUGAGAAUUCUUUCUUCUGCUACUGAAGCAAUUCAGCCUAGGGAUUUACCACUUAAUUUAACAUACAUAUAAGAGUUAUAUAUAAUAUGUACAUGUUACUUCUUCUGAGUCUUCUUUUAAUUUUUUGUAACCAUUGUUUACCUAUAUACGUAGUAUUGUUUAGCUUAUUAGUAUUAUCAAUUAAGAUGAUUAAUUUAGAUUUUUAAUGUUUCACUUUUAUGAUAUAUGAAUUCAUUUUUUUGUAUUUCAAUAGUUCUUUUGUGUGUUUUUGUCAAUCAACUCAGUCAAUAAUUAUAUGAAAUGAAUUUAGGACAUAUGUGGUAAUAAAAUAUUCUUUUUUUUGGAAGAAUAAAAUACUCUUUUUGUCCCUUAAACUUUAGCCAAAUUUGAACGACAAGGGAAAAAAUAAAAUAAG